AUGGCUCCCAAGAAGUCCAAGUCCGACGCCCAGUCCAUCGGCGCCAAGCUUGCCCUCGUCAUCAAGUCGGGCAAGGUUGUGCUGGGCUACCGGAGCACCCUCAAGGCGCUCCGCAGUGGGAAGGCCAAGCUCAUUCUCAUCGCCGCCAACACUCCUCCGCUCCGCAAGUCCGAGCUCGAGUACUACUCGAUGAUGUCCAAGACCUCGGUCCACCAUUACAGCGGCACCAACAUUGAGCUCGGUACCGCCUGCGGCAAGCUCUUCCGCUGCUCUACUAUGGCCAUCCUGGAUGCUGGUGACAGUGAUAUUCUCAACGACCAGCAGGCUUAA